CGGUUAACAAUAAUAUUGAUUGGCAGUCUGAAAUCUAAUCGCAUACUAUAGCAGGCAGCGAAAGUGGUUUGCGACUACAUCCAGAUUAGAAACAGAAACGCGAUUAGGAUAAAGCACUGGAAUAGAAAUAGUGUUUGCCGAGAGGAGAGUUCAAUGUUUAGUUGGUCGACAGUCGUUGCUGGUUUCGAGUGCGCAUUUUAACCGAGUUUUUAACCGUUCACAACAUGGGCAUUAAGGUCAAGGAGGUGACACCGGAAAAGAUUGAGGAACUGCGUGAAAGGUUCAAAGCCAAAUAUGCCACAACACCGCCAGCAGCUCCAUUCCAUCCUGUUGAUAUUGAUCGCAUACGCAACGAUCAUGUCUGGCUGCAGCGGUUCCUGGAAAUGUAUGACUUGGAUAUGGAGGUGUCCAUGACCAAGCUCUGGGAGACCUGCGCCUGGCGCCAGUCGUACGGGGCAAACGAUCUGGACGAGAGUAAAUUGAACCAGGAGUAUCUGAAGGAGGGUUCCGUGUUUGUGCAUAGCAACGAUGUGGAUGGCAAACCAUUGUUGGUUUUCCGCGUCAGGUUGCACAGUAAGUCCAAGAGUCUGGACGAACUAAUUCGCAUUGUGGUUUACUGGGUGGAGAGGACCCAGCGGGAGAAGCACAUGACCCAGAUGACCAUAUUCUUUGACAUGGCGGGCACGGGUCUGGCCACCAUGGAUCUGGACUUUGUCAAGAAAAUUGUGGAGACCUUCAAGAUGUACUACCCCAAUGCUUUGAACUAUAUUUUGGUGUUUGAACUGGCCUGGGUGCUGAACGCUGCCUUUAAGGUCAUCAAGGCCUUGCUGCCCCCCAAGGCGGUUGAGAUUCUGAAAAUGAUAUCGAAAAAGGACAUCGGGCAGUAUAUACUCAAGGACAGCUGCCUGGCCAGCUGGGGUGGCAGCGACAACUACGAAUACAGCUUUGUGGCCGAAACGAAGCGGGUGGAGGCAUCAAAGCCAGUCACCAGCACCGACGAUGACCAGCUCGUCCUGGGCGGCGACAAGAAGGUACACUUUGCCAACACCGCUCCCAUGGUGCUGAAGGAGUCCAACAUUGGAGACAUGCACACCCCAACAGAGAGCAUGUUGCAACUGGAGCAGAAAGAGUUUGUCAACUUUGAUCCUAAAAAUGCGGAGGCCACGGUGCACUUCAAGUCCAUCGCCAAAGUGCCAGUGACCUUUAAGAUACAGACCACAUCGCCAGAAAAGUUCCGCGUGCGUCCACGAUGCGGCAUCAUAUCUCCCAAUGAGAAAGCCGAAAUAAGUAUUUGGCUCAAGUCGGAAUACAAGCUGAGAGGAGAUAGCAAAGACAAAUUCCUGGUGAUGGCCAUGCUAGCCCCCGGCCACUGUGCUGGAGCAGAUGUGACUGACCUGUGGCGGAACGCGUGCACAGAUGGGCCGGAUGUAGAGCAGCAUCGUUUGGUAUGUCGCUUUGAAGAUAUGACGGCCAAGUGCUGCGACAAGAUAGCAAGCGAAACCUCUUUGGGCUGUGGAAAAGACGGAAAAUUGGACUUGCAGGCCCAGGUCAAGUCACUGUCCAGGAGCGUAAAUAAUGGCAAUCGCAUACAGUAUUUGAACUUGCUACUGCUACUGGGGCUGUCUGCUGCUGUCGGGUUUCUAUAUUAUGUCCAUUAUUACCCUGGUGCAGGUUCCGGCCAAUCUGCCGCUUUUUGCUCCGCUAAGCGCAAAUAAUAUUUACUGUUCCCUUGUAAUCUGACCAAGCAGGAUGAGAAUGCCAAUCAAAAAAGCAUUAAUAGCAACAACUGCCACGAACUAGAAAACUGCGCAUGUGCUUUUGAUUUGAUGGACCUGGGACUGGACUACAGCGAUGCCGACUACAUUGACUGUUUGGAGGCCCUCAUCCAGGCCCAGCUGCAACUGAGGCGCAGCUGCAGCGGACAUCAACUAAGCGGCGGUGUAGCUGGCGGCGGUUAUCUGCUUGGUCUCAUUGCAUUUGCACGCAAAUUUAUGCGUGUCUUCCUCUCGCUCUCACUGCUAUGCGGCAUCCUGUUCGUCAGCUUCUACCUGGGCGAUACCUACGACGAAAAUCAGGCCGAUUCAACAUCCCUAGCUACACUCAAUGCAGGCGUCGCCGAAGGCAAUCAACGACAGCCGUGUUAUUUGUAGUAAUGCCAAAAUCACUAUCGACUAUGUACAAUAUGCUUAAAAUGCGUACAAAAUUCCAGUUAUAUGAUGUUCAAUUAUGAGUAAAUGGUUGAUCCUAGCUUGCCUCUUAUAUUAAAUACCUGUCCCCUGAUCCCCCAUCAGCAAUCUCUUUCUCCCCGCUUGAGCCAAGAAUUUAUAGUUUUAUAUAUCAUAUUUCUCUUUUGUAAAUUAUAAACCUGAAAACAUUA